AUGAGCAACACCGCGUUCCGCGACUCGAGCAUCGUUAUCCUCGAGACUGGCACCACUUUCGUCCGCGCUGGCCUCGGUAUUCAUGAUCUGCUUCAUGCACCUAGCAUCGAGAUCCAAGCUCGCGUGGGCAUCCGUAGCGGGGCGGUCCCCGACUCGCAAAACACGAAUCAGGCGAACGGCCGCCUCGCUGCAAAGUUGAACGACCCGCUUGAUCUCCAGCCAUCGGCUUCCACGAGUCGCGCCGCGUCGACCAUGCCCCAGCCCCAGCCCGUGUUGACUGCAAGAGUGACGGACUAUCUCGUCGGGCCUCAACUCGACGACGCCCUCAGUGCAGGACAGGACCUCGUAGUGUCUUGGCCAUUCGCAGAUGGCGAGAUCAGUGAUUGGACUCAGGCAGAAGCGCUAUGGAAACACGUCCUCUUCACCAGCCUCCAACUACGCCGCGUCCAGAACGAGUCCCCCAUCCUCCUUUCCAUAUUUCCAGGGCUCUCCCGCGACGCGUAUGAACGCACCUGCCAGAUCUUCUUCGAGCGUUUCAAUGUCGCCGCAUUCAGCAUCCUCGAACGCCCCAUGGCGCAACUCUACGCAACCAAUACACUGAGCGGCGUCGUCGUCGACAUCGGAGAUACUCACACGGACAUCACGCCCGUCUAUGAUGGCUUCCCUCUGCACGCCGCGCGCACGACCGUCUGCCUCGGCGCACACGACUGCGAGCUCUUCGUCGCGCACCUCUUCCGCACCAACACCUCCGUCAUGUCCACGCUCUCACCUCCCGACGCGCCGCUGGACCCGAGUGCGCUGGACGACGCGCUCCGCGCGCUCGCGCGCCAGGUGUGGCGGGACGGACUAGUCAAAGUGCCCUUGGAUGGCGACGCCGCGCGCGAGAUUGAGGAUGAGGGCGUGACGGAUAUCGCUGCGGUGCUUGUCGCGGGCAAAGAAAAAGCCGUGAUCGAGAGCGGUAUGAAGAAGCGUCUCAAUGCCAAAGCCACGGCGGCCGAGCAGGCGCGCGCAAAGGAGAUCGAGGCGCUCGACCUCGUCACGGUUGAGUUCCGCGGAAAGGAGGUCACGCUGGGGAAGGAGCGGCAUCGGCUCUGUGAGCCCCUGUUCGACCCUGGUUUGUUAAAGGCGCUGGGAGGGGGUUACAACAAGGACGGGGCCAGGGGACUCUUCAUGCCGUUGCAAAAUGCAGUGGGGCAUGCUGUUGGAUUGACAGAGGUCGAUCAGCGGCAAUACGUGUGGGCGGGUCUGUUCGUGACGGGGGACCUUACAGGCUACGUCAAAGGCAUUGGCCCUGCGCUGCAGUCACGCCUCUCAUCGUACAUCUUGAGCAACCCUGAUCAACAAAACGAGGUCCAGCCACGGUCCAUUCGCCUUGCCAAAGUGCCCGAAUAUUUUGCAGAAUUCAGAGAAAAGGGCGACGGUUUGGCUGCAUUUCUGGGGUCCACUAUCGUUGCCAAAAUCACGUUCCACGACACCAACAGUAAAAACUUUGUCUUCAAAGCAGACUAUACGGAGCGUGGACCAAAGACUAUUCUCGAGAUGUCUCCGUCAUUGUUGUAAUACAUUUUUGAUGUCGAAGAUUCCGAUUGCUCAGACUAAUUCACGGCUUGACCAAC